CUAAAAAAAAAUUUAGAAAAACGCGAAAAGAUGAAUAAAUAAAUAAAUGUCUGUAUAUGUGACGUGCGAAAUGUAAUAAUCAAUGCUCCAACCAAUGAUGCUUCCAAAACCUGGCAACCCUGCUCACGCGUAUGUAUUGUUUAUUAAUUCAUUCACAUGGGGCCAUUAAGUUGAGUCGUAGUGUGUGUGUACUCAAGUAUGUUUGAUGUUUGAAAUGUUAUUGAUAAAAAAUCAAAGGAUGGAUGAAUAGAGUGCAUCAAAAUGUCUCAUAUUGAAACCUGUAAAGAUCGACAACAAAAUGAAUUAGAAGUUUUAAAGUCUAUUUUUGGUGACGAGUUGCGUGACUUACGGAAGAACAAAAAUAAAAAGAAAUGGCAACCUCUAAAUAUAAUUGUUACUUUAACACCACAAAAGGGUAUGUCAGGACCAGCACAGAUUCAUGCACAGAUAGAUUUGCAUAUUACAUGUGGUGACAAAUAUCCAGAUGAAAUACCAUCUAUUGAAUUGCGAAAUAGUAGAGGAUUAUCAAAUCAACAAGUUGCAAUUUUGUCCUCAGAGCUAGAAAAUUUAGCAACGAAGUUAAAAGGUGAAGUUAUGAUUUUUGAAUUCAGUCAACAUGUUCAAAAAUACUUACAUGAACAUAAUAAGCCAAGUUACAGUAGUUUCUAUGAAGAAAUGGUGUCGAGACGUCAGGAAAAGAUACAAUAUGAGAUGCAGGAAAAACAAAUAAAAGAAGAUAAAGAAAGACAGGUACUACAAGAUGCCAUACAAAAACGUCAGGAGGCUCUGAAAGCUGAAAUGCGUAAUCGGAAAGAUACAGUUCGAUCCACAGACUCUGACAUUGUCUUUAGAUCAAUACCAUCAUCUCCACAUGAUCGAGGAAAGAAUCAUUUUAGACGUAGAUGCGUCAGCACGUCAGAAAGUUCUGAAGGGUCAUUGUGUGAGCACAGAGGUACCAAACUACUCCAUUUUGACAGUAAUAAAGGAGAGAGGCAAGUGCAUCGAGGAAAAUGCUUGGGUCACAGUGCAAAGGGUUCUAUAGUAUAUGCUGGUGUGGAUAUGACCACCGGAGAAUUACUGGCUAUCACAGAAUGGACAUUAAAAUGCGGAGUGGCGAAUGAUUAUUCUACUCAGGAAACUAUUGAUAUACAACAUGCUAUGAAGCAAAUUGCUAGCUUGGAACAAGAACUUAAUCACUUGUACAAACUACAUCACCCGAAUCUUGUACAUUAUUUAAAUAUGAAAUAUUUACAGAACAACAACAAUUUAGUUAUUUAUAUACUUCAAGAAUUUGUGGUUGGAACUACAUGCUCGUUCUUUUUGAUGGAAAACAUUCCAGUUGAUAUCGACAUAUUGAGGCAUUUAGCAACCGGUGUUCUUGAAGCUUUACAGUAUCUUCACGAGAACAAUGUAGUACAUAAAGAUUUACGCGAUACUAGCGUUUAUAUAGAUCGCAUGGGUGUUGUAAGAUUAUCCGAUUAUUCUUUAGAAAAAAGACUGUCGGACAUGUAUCACUCGAACUCUUUAGCAAAGACUGAACAUGAUUUCCCAACAAUUCAAGGCCGAGGAGGUAAAAAGGCAGACAUAUAUAGAUAUGGAAUAUUGCUAUUGUCGUUGUUAAAAGGAACUAUCAUAUCUGGCGAUGAAAUCGACUUAACAGUAAUUCAGCAGCUUCACUUAAGAGAUUUUAUAUCAAAAUGUCUUAUUGACGACGAGAGAAUGCGUUGGUCCGCGGAGCAAUUGCAACAACAUAGUUUCAUAAGAAUACCACUAGAGCGAGGUAUAUCACCUGCAUCACCAGAUCAUGAUGAGAAGGAAAACAAUUUAGAACCGGAAGAGCCAGACAAUGAUGUUCAAUUUCAUUUACCAUCAAUGGGUGGUCAAUCACGAAUACAGAAUGAAUUUGAAGUAUUAAAAUGGUUGGGAAAAGGAGCUUUUGGUGAUGUUCUAAAAGUAAGAAAUAAGUUAGAUGGUGGGAUUUAUGCUAUCAAACGAAUAGAAUUAAACCCAAAGAAGAAGCAAUUGAAUAAAAAAAUCACACGUGAAGUAAAAUUACUGUCUAGAAUGAAUCAUGAGAAUGUAGUGCGUUAUUAUAACUCAUGGAUCGAAAGUGCUACCUUGGACGAUUCCACCAGACAUAGUCGAUUUACACCAAUCACUACAUCUUCGGAUAGAACUACUGCUACUACUACACAGGAUAAAACAGACAUAGUUGACACACAGGAUAAAACAGAUAUACAACUGGGAAGUGAGGAAAUAGAAAAAUUUGCUCCAUCGUUACACGAAGUUGAAUGGAAUAUAUCGUACGAGUCUUUGGCAAAUGCGGCUGAUAGUGAAGAUGAUAACAGCGACUCUUCAACUGAUUCCGAUAGCGAGGAACAUUGCACGUUCUUAAAGCGAACUUUAUUGCGAAUCGAAUCUUCUGAUAGCAUAGAAUUUGAAAGAGAUAGUAUCUCACCAAGGUCUACAAAAUCCGACAUCUCGAAUGACGAUGUUAAAGAUGCCGAAAUCACUAGUGCGGAUACGACGGUGAAAGAAAUACAAUUCAUGUACAUACAAAUGGAAUUUUGCGAAAAGAGUACAUUAAGGACUGCCAUAGACAAUGGCUUAUACGAAGAUGACGAACGAGUUUGGAGAUUAUUUCGAGAAAUUGUAGAAGGGUUGGCGCAUAUUCACCAGCAGGGCAUGAUACACAGAGAUUUGAAGCCUGUAAAUAUAUUUCUUGACAGUAACGAUCAUGUCAAGAUAGGAGAUUUUGGACUAGCUACGACUAACAUAUUAUCGACGUUAGUUCAUACUAUUGACGCUGAUAAAGAAUCACAGUUCGUUGAAAAAGGGGCAAGUUUUGACGUAGAGGGAUCUCUUACUGGACAAGUCGGGACAGCUUUAUAUGUAGCACCUGAACUUUCUGCAAAGACUGCCAAAGCAAUUUACAAUCAAAAGGUAGAUAUCUAUAGUUUAGGAAUUAUCUUUUUCGAAAUGACGUACAAACCAUUGACGACUGGAAUGGAGCGUGUAAAGAUUCUAUUGAAUUUACGCUCUAAGGAGAUAGUUUUUCCUACUGACAUAGUAGAAACGGAUAUACCACAUCAAAUUCAUAUUAUACGUUGGCUGCUGAAUCAUGAUCCGAGUCAGCGACCCACCGCUCAAGAACUACUUUCUUCUGAAUACUUACCACCACCUCAAUUAGAAGAAACGGAAUUACAAGAGAUGGUGCGCCAUACGUUAUCCAACAGUCAAAGUAAAGCAUAUAAAUAUUUAGUGGCAUCGUGUUUCAUGCAAGAAGUUACACCGGCGGUGGACAUUACUUAUGACAUGAAUUUACCUGCUAGGGGAGCGUCAAGUGUCCUUUCCUCGAAAAAACUGUUUCUACAGGAAAACAUAAAAAGAAAGAUCGUCGAAAUAUUUAAGAAACACGGUGGAUUGUGUCUCACCACUCCGUUGCUGAUGCCUAAAUCCGCUCAGCAUAGUAGUUUUACCGAAUCUAGCGUUAAAUUGAUGACGUGCACUGGUAGCGUAGUUUCUAUACCUCAUGAUCUUCGCACACCCUUCGCCAGAUACAUCGUAUGGAAUAAUAUUUCACACAUUCGAAGAUAUGCCAUCGAACGUGUGUUCAGAGAUAAGAAAGCUCGAGGAUUUCAUCCGAGAGAAUUGUACGAGUGUGCUUUCGAUAUCAUCAGUCCUGUAGCCAACAAUUUAAUGACGGAAGCUGAGUUGAUCUUUAUUAUAUGGGAAAUUUUUAAUGAAUUACCACAGGUUCAAGAGCGUAAUCUUACAGUACGUUUGAAUCAUACGUCACUGUUGCAAGCUGUACUAAUGUACUGCGGCGUAGAGAAGGAUAAAUAUCAAGAUAUAUACUCGAUACUACAGAACGCCCGUGAUGGCAAGUUCUCCAAAUUUCAAGUCCAAACGCACUUGAUCAGUUUGUGUCUCACUGAUCAGGCUAUGGAAACACUUUUCAAUUUACUCGAAACGGAGAGUUCCGUUGCAAAGAUCGCCAGUGUCUUGAGAACAAUAACCAGAAGGAAAGGAGAUGCCGCUGGUUUGGCUAAAGAAGGAUUGAAAGAUAUAGAAACUGUAAUAUCUAACGUAGAAAAUUUAGGGGUAAAGUGGCCUAUUACCGUUGUACCUUUAUUAACGUAUAACGUACAACAAUACAGCGGUGUGAUAUAUCAGAUUACCUGCGAAUUAAAGCAUAGACGAAGACGAGGCGGUCAAGAUGUUAUAGCCGCGGGUGGUCGAUACGACAAAAUGUUGAUGUCAUUUAGAAAAGUCUUGGAACGUACUGGAAUGGCCAGUAAAGAAACGAAACAAUACGGUGCUGGUAUUAGCAUAUCGUUAGACAAAUUGGUAUCUGCUGUCACGGAAGCAUGCGAGAAUGUAGGUGGUGAAAAUAAAUGCGGUAUCGAUGUGGCUGUCUGCUGCGAGGGAAGUCAAGGAAGCGAAGGACGAAGAGAAAAAGAAAUGAUCGAUGUGUUACGGGAGAUCUGGUCGUUAGGAUUAAAAGUCACGACAUUAGAUCUCUGUAUUAUGGAAGAAAUAUUGGAAUAUUGCCAAGAGAACUCUAUAAACCAGAUAAUAUUGUUAAGAAACGGGGAGAAGGGCACUUUAAGAUUGCAAACUUGGGAGAGAGAUAGAUUUCAAGAAAGAAAGAUUAAUAUACAUGACAUUGUCGACUAUUUACAGAGGCAGUCCGAGAAUGCAUUGUCGAUAUUAAACAGAUCCGAUAGUAAAAUAAGUGGAAAUGAUGUGUCGAUAACACCAAGUAAUCCGGUUAAUGUCAAUAUCAAUUUUAUUCUCUCGGAUAAAGACAAGUUAUCUGGAAGUGGCAGGAGAAGUUUUAAGAAUACUAUGCUGGCACAAAUGUCGUCCUACUUGCAAAGGAUAUCACAUAAAGUUUCUAUAGAGAUUUUUGGUGUCUUUUUGGAAGUGCCUGUCAUAAGAACAAUGAUCAGUUUCUUAGAUAUCGAUGAAGAGGAACAGACCUUUCAAAAGAGUAUCCAAGUUGUAAUAGACAAGCACCCACGACAUAAAAAAUAUAUCAAACAAAUAUGCGAGAGAAUGAGGGAAUUACGAAAUGAAAAGUCAAAGCCUGUAGAAAUACUUUACAGUUUAACAGAUAGUGGAUACAUGAGUCUGAUAUAAAGUCAUAUUAUGAAAUGUAUAUGCUGAAGAAUCUAUUUUCAUAAUAAUGAGAGAUCAAUGAUUCUGAUCAAGUGAUGAAUAAUAUGUACUAGAACAUAUGUUAAUAGAUUAUGAAAAAUGGAUGCAUAAGCAUUUUUUGUACCGCAGUAUACAUUUAUAAGUAUUAAUAAUGUUUAAUAAAACAAGUGAUUAUGACAAUUUGAAAUAAAUUCUUAAGGUAUAAUGUAAUAUGGAUCAAAUGCGUAUCUACUACAUCACGCCAUAAGCCAUAAGGAAAUAACAGUGCUGAAUAGCUAUAAAGCCAUAAAAUAUAUUUUCAGAUGUUUUGCUUUAUAUAUACAAGAUUUGUUAUACAAUAAACAUAAAAUGUGUAUCUGAAAUACACAUGAAUCUUCCAAAAGAUAUUUCUUUUUUGACACAUAACGAUUCAAAAAUAUAUUCUAAGCCUAUAGGAUACGUAUCGAUACAUAUAUAUAUAAUAUAAAUAUUGUGAUUGUAAGCUUAAGUUGUAUAUUAUCUAGAAAUACAUAAGUUGAUAACACUUUUA